AUGCUUGUUAUGACUUUUGGUGCUGCUUGUUCGCCUUGUGUAGCCCAUUAUGUCAAAGAAACAAAUGCUCUGUGUUAUCGUGAUCAACAUCCUCGUGCAGUGAAGUCUAUCUUGGAUCAUAAUUAUGUGGAUGACUUUGUGGAUAGCUUUCCUAACCCUGCAAGGGCCAUUGAAAUUGCGCAACAAGUACGCAACAUCCAUAAAGCAGCUGGGUUUGAACUACGUAACUUUUCAUCCAACUCUUCGGAGGUAAUUGUGGCUCCUAAAUGUACUGUGGAGAAACCGGUGAAUUUUUCUAUCGAUUUUAAUGAGCUAAAAACGGAAAAGGUACUUGGUAUGUAUUGGCAACCAAAAGCUGAUACUUUCAGGUUUAAUUUAAAGUUCCACAAUAUAAAUGCUGGUGUUAUGGAAGGUGUAAGGUCUCCAACUAAAAGAGAGCUGUUGAGUGUGGUUAUGUUCGUUUUCGACCCACUUGGGUUUUUGACCCACUUUAUGAUAACGGCAAAAUUGAUGAUGCGAGAAGUUUGGAGACACAGCAUUGGAUGGGAUGAAACACUGCGCCGUGAAAUUGUUGAUGCGUGGAAUAAUUGGCGCCAAGGUCUUCAAAAUGUUGAAAAGGUCAAAGUACGUCGGUGUUAUUUUGGAAAUGGUGUUCCUUACCGCCUGGAACUGCAUGUUUUUGUCCACGCCAGUGAAGACGCAUUUGGAGCCGUGUCAUACUGGAGGUCACUAAAUGCCCAUAAUAAAAUUAAAGUGUCUCUUGUGGCUGCCAAAUCUAGAUGUGCCGCUUUGAAAAUUGUGAGUAUUCCUCGUCUCGAACUACAGGCUGCUAUUUUGGGUACUCGGUUAAUGGUUACAAUUUUGAAGGAACAUUCCGUUAAGAUAUCAAGGAUUAUUUGUUGGAGUGAUUCUACAACUGUAAUAAAUUGGAUUGGCUCAGAAAGUCGCCGUGCGGAUGAAACUACAAGAAUGAAAAGCCAAGUUGAUUUUUCUGAUGAUUCUUGCUGGUUGAAUGGUCCUAAAUUUCUUUAUGAUUCUGAAGAUAAUUGGCCCCAAAAGGAAAACGUAUCCUUAAACGAACCAGAUUCGGAAGAACUUCGUCUAAAAUUUGCUCUACUCGUAAAUAUACAAGAAGUCAUUGAUUAUAAAAGAUUUUCCUCCUAUUUGAAACUAAAACGUACAGUGGCUUGGGUGUUACGUUUUAUAAACCGUUGCAGAAAGGAGAUUGGUCCUGGUGAGGAAAAUGGUUUAACUGCAGACGAGUUAAAAAAUGCUGAAAUAUUGCUCUGCCGUCAAGCUCAACAAGAGAAUUUUUGCCAUGAAAUUGAAAUAUUAAAAAAUGAAGGUAGUCUGCCCAAAAGUAGUGAAUUGUACGCCCUGUGCCCGUAUAUGGAUGAAAAUGCAUUGCUUCGUGUUUAUGGCCGUGUGGACGCUGCUAGCUGGUUACCAUUGGAUUUAAGGCGCCCGAUUAUAUUGCCGUCAUUUCAUCCUGUCACUGAAUUCCGUCGUACAUUGCCGGUGCCACCAAAGGACAGAUCGACUCCAUAUAUUCGUCCCUUUUCCUACACUGGUUCGGAUUACUUUGGCCCUCUGACUAUUAUGAUUGGUCGUCGUCAUGAAAAACGCUGGGUGGCUUUAUUUACUUGCCUAACCAUCAGAGCCAUCCAUUUGGAAGUCGCUUUCGAUUUGUCCACCGAUGCGUGUAUUCUUACCAUACGCAAUUUUAUAAAUCGACGUGGCAUUCCAACAAGACUCAGGAGCGACAAUGGCACAAAUUUUGUUGGUGCCGACCAAGUUGUCAAACGGUUCAGUGAAGUAUUUGAUGUGGCUCGUAUUAAAGAUAAAUGCUCUACGAAGGGUAUAGACUGGCAAGAAUGGAAGCGUGGUAGAGUUGAAGAGUUGUUCAAAGGGAGUGGUGGUAUUACUCGACGUGCUGAUGUUCGCUCAAAUACUGGUGUAUUAAGACGUCCUGUUUCCAAGCUGGCCAUCCUCGAUUUGGAGUAG